AUGGAAUGUUCAGUGCGGUUGAGGGCUUCAAUUCACGAGCUGCAAUUUCAGCGCACUCAAAUGUGCAUCGAAAACUCGAGCACUUUGCAAUACAACCUCCCGUGAAGUAGCGUCAACCACAAGCUCUCGGUAUCCUUGGCACAGAGCCUUACCACUGGACAGUCAUCUUCAACAUCGCGAUGAAUAACCGGCCCUACCGCGAUGCGCCAUCUGUGGGACGAGAGUGCCUCACGCAGCCGUGUACCUUUUCCAUUGAUUCGCGCUUGCAGUACCGUUUCGAGCUUCCUUCUUUCUGGAACACUCGCCUAACCAUGCCAGUAUCCUAGACUGUGCAUGCAGCUGGCUGACAGCACGUCCAUGGCUCUUUUACCGCACUUUCUGGUCACUGCUUACUCCACUCACGUACUUCCACGUUAUAAGUCGUUAGGAUCCCUCCACUUCGCGAAGCGGUCUUCGCGGCGAUGUCGCACGGCCUCAACGACAAGCAGAGCGGACUGUCUGAAAAGGUGAAGUGGUCAGGAUCCAGCUACAGGGAUUACAUCCCACGGAGUCGCGGCACCAUACAGCGAGCUGAGAAGCACCACCACAACCCGUGCACGAAGCCCUUCGGACGUCAUCACCGAGCUCGACAGAGAAGUAAAACAGAGCGAGCUUCGAUGCUACUUUCUGAACAGUCAGCGAGUGAUGUGCUGCUUCACAUGGAGCUGUGCCACAGAACAUUCCAUUCCGCACUUCCCGCAAUGGAUCAAGCGGACGUCGGAUCGCAUGCGAUAAGGCUAGAAAGCCACGAUACGACAUCGGAGAACUCGCUAGUUGCGAGACAGGUUGCUGGAGUAUGCGAAAUCGGCCCCGACGGCUCGUCGCCCAAGCUUGCGUGGCAUGCCGACCACCAAUUCAACUUUGCUCGCUUGUCGAUCAACGAUACCGUCUGUCGUUCCCCUCAGGCUUGGCACGUUUGUACGCAAUUGCACGUUCGAACGCUAUACCCUUUCCGUACUCCGCAGACCGAAGGAUCGAGGGUACGAAGUGUGCCAUGCAGCAGCGAUAAUGUGGCUCCGUCAGACCCGCCCGUCCCUGUGGUUGCUCUAGCUCCUCGUGAUCUGCAACAUGUGCAUAUGGACACUUGUGGCUAGUCCGUUCUAACUCGGGUCCUUUAUUCUUUGUGCCGAGCAUCAUACCACAUGCAGCGCCUUGUAGGAACCUCCUCAGCCGCGCUUGUAUAUUGCUGUCUGGUCCUGCCCUUUACUGCCGAUCUCACUCCUG